UAGUAAACUCAAACUGAUACAUACAUUUUUGAACAUCUUCUAAAGUUUUUAAUGAACCCUUGUUGACAUAAAUUAAAGUGAUAAUAAUAUAGUCUCUAGAUUCAUUUAGUAAACAAGUUAAUUUAAUAACAGAUUGUUUUAUUUUUUGUGUGUGUUUUAAAAUUUGUGAAAUAAACAAAUAGAAAUUGAUUCGAAGUGUGUUUGUAAUACUUUUGUCCAAUUUAUGGUUCAUUUAUUAAUUUUUAAUAUAUUUUACAAAAUGCAUAAACUAAAUGGUACGAUAUCCAUGUUAAUAUGUCUACUAUGGAUUGUAACGAAUUCAGCGCUACCACAAAAUGGAACAUUAUUUAAAUUACCGAUAAUUCAUUUGAACGAUUUUCAUGCACGAUUUGAAGAAACUACACCACAGUCGACAACAUGCAAACCGGGGAUGUUAAAUUGUAUUGGUGGUUUUUCUCGAUUGUAUACUGCUGUUACAAAAUUACAAACCGAUAAUCCAAAUGCAAUAUUUUUAAAUGCUGGUGAUAAUUUUCAAGGAACUAUGUGGUAUAAUGUCCAUAAAUGGAAUGCAACCCAAUAUUUCUUUAAUUUAUUACCAACAGAUGCCUAUACUAUUGGUAACCAUGAGUUUGAUGAUGGAAUAGAUGGUUUGGUACCAUUUAUUAAAUCUAUCAAAGCUCCUGUUGUACUAGCAAAUGUUGAUGAUAGUCGUGAACCCGCAAUCCAAGGACUUUAUGAAAAAAGUACGAUUAUAACACGUGAAAACAAAAAAAUUGGAAUUAUUGGCGUUAUUAUUCAAGAAGUAAAUCUUAUAUCAAACACAGAAAAGUUAAUAUUCUUAGACGAAGCUGAAUCAGUAAAAGCUGAAGCUGAAAAAUUAAAAACCGUUGAUAAAUGUGAUAUAAUUAUUGUUUUAUCUCAUUGUGGAUUAGAUAUUGACAAAGAAAUUGCUGCUAAUGCUGGUCCUUAUAUAGAUGUAAUUGUUGGAGGCCACUCGCAUACAUUUUUGUACCAUGGAUCUGAUUUACCUGGUCCCGAUAUCCCUGUCGAUGAUUAUCCAGUAACUGUUACACAAGAUAAUGGCCACCAAGUUUUAAUUGUACAAGCAUCGUGUUACACCAAAUAUCUUGGAUUUAUUACAGUGUAUUUUGAUGUUGAAAACAAAUUACAUCAUUGGGAAGGUAAUCCUAUCUACUUAGAUCAAAAAAUUGCACAAAAUCAAUACGUGAAUGAAUUAAUGGUACCAUGGAAGGAAGUUGUCGAUCAAGUUGGAAAACAAGUACUUGGUGAAACAAAAGUACUUUUAAAGCAAACAGAUUGUUCGUUUGGUGAUUGCAAUAUUGGAAACUUCAUUGCUGAAGCAAUGGUUGAUGCUUGGGUUGAUAAAGCUGAGGAAGAUGAAUGGACUUAUGCCCCAAUAGCUAUUUUAAAUACAGGCGGUAUUCGAACUGGAAUAGAAAAAGGAAAUAUAACUUAUGCAGAUCUGUUAGUUGCACAACCAUUCGAAAAUUUCAUUGAUGCCAUAGAAUUACGAGGUGACCAUUUAUUAGAAGUUUUCGAAUAUUCAGCCGCAACAAUUUGGAAAACUGGAUCUGUAUAUGGAUUUAGCAAAAUGUUGCAAACAAGUGGAAUUCAUAUUACUUUCAAUGCAACUUUACCAGUUGGAUCACGAGUUCAAGACUUAAAAUUGCGUUGUGGUAAAUGCGAAGUACCAAAAUAUGAGCCUCUUGAUAAAACGAAAUAUUAUCGUAUAGCGAUAGUGAAUUAUUUAAUACAAGGUGGUGAUGGCUUUUCCAUGAUUCCAGACAAUAUGAGAAAUCAUGUACAUGGCAGUCGUGACAUUGAUGUUCUGACCAAAUAUAUUAAAAAGCGAUCACCAAUUAUUCAAGAUCAAGAUGAUCGAAUGAUAUUAGUAAUACUGCAUUUACAAUGGACUAGUGAAACUGCGAAAGGAAGUGUUUAGUGCGAAUGUAAGUAGUAAUAAGACAUUGUAAACCAGCUCGUUACUAAACACUUAUACUAAAGGUAUUUCUAUUGAAAUGAGACUAUAAGUAGUUACUCGCAUGAAAAAUUCUAGAGAGGUAGUUUUCAACGACAUACAACUUUAAAAAUAUUUUAGUACAAUUGGCCUUCUCUGUUAGCUGCUAUAAAUUUCCAAUGCUGUCACAUAAAGGUUUGGAAUCCAUACUAUUUAGAACAGGUAUGGGCGAGUUAUUUUAAGUCGAAGUCACCAUUGUUAUAACUUUAUUGUGUGCCUUAAACUUUAUUGUGUGUUUCUUUAUCCAAGACCGCAUUGAUCAUAGAAGAGGAAGCGAAACAGGUAUACGACUCUUCUACCUAUCUCAGUUUUUCUUAUAGUAAUGAGAAAAAUAGGAAAAAAAUGUUGUCUCCUUGUCUUACUCGUAUUUUUGGUUUUC